AUGGAGACACGUUUGGUUGAAGAGCUUGCUCAGCUUGGGGGCAGCGAAGUGAGGCAAUCAACGAGAAAGAUACUUGAGUAUCUCCUGACAGACUACGUUGCAGCUGAAUUCAGCUGGUUAGGUCAGAAGGGCAAGCGGAAAUUUGGACAGCUGAAACUUCCACAGCUUAUCAUCCGUGCUGUGAGAAAGAACAUCAGGCUCUCUGCAGCCACUAGAUAUGAAGUGGAGAGCGUGAUCAAGACGUGGCUCCGUCACGCAAAAGAACGCUGCACCACCAAGCGAGCACUGACUGACCAUGCACCUUCACAACAGGACUGAGUGCGCUACAAAAAAACGUACCUGUGAAAGUGCAGUUUUUCGUACAUUGCAUUCAUUUUUAGGUUUUAGUUGUAUCAACUUCUGGUUUUACUUCUAGUCUGGCCACAUUCCUUUGCGAUGUUUGAGAGUUUGAACUGAUUUUGAAGCACACAGUUUGAAACGAGACAGUGUAACGACUUGAAGGUGAACAUGUUUGGCACAAAUGUGUCUGGUUGGGAUAAACUCAAUGGGAGGAAAAAGACUAACACCAACUAAAGUUCAAUCAAGAGAGGUACUGCCGUUUCUAAGUCUACUGGCUCCUUUCUCAGGGGUGACAUUUGAAGCCAGAGAGACGCUUUCAUACAAGAGUAUUCACUGUUUUUUUUAUCACAUGGCCCAGGCCAUUAACAUAGACAGGCAGUGCAACCAAGUGUCGAUUGAACGUGCCAGGACCCAGUGAGCAGCCGCAGCCUGAGGUUCGUCUCAAGCUCAGUGAUAUUGGCAUUCCUGAAAUCAAUAACAUUAUCUUUCGUUCGACAGUGUUCAGCUAAUGCACUUCGUUUCAUGUCACACUGUUUUUGUGCUGUAGCCCACAGCAUUAUCUGUUCCACGAUUCCAUUGAGACUCCAUGUGCAGAAUGUGCUGCUGCUUAUAUCGGGUAUGCUAAGAACUUCUCGCAAAGAUUACAUAAACAACGCCAGGAAGUAUGACAUGAAGCAAAGCGCCUUAGCUUAACACUGUCAGGUGGAAACCACGUCAUUGAUUUUGGGAAUGCCAGUAUCGGCGACUGCUCAUUGAGUUGUGGCACAUUCAACACGCAAACAUUCAACUGUCAAUAGGAACACUACACAGACUGUAGCUCAAAAACCUCCGCAUAGAAAGUGAAAAUAGAAAACAAUGACCACUCAUGUAUAAGUGUGAGCAAUUCUCCCUAGCUUCGAAUCGUGGCCCACAAGGAGGAGCCAGUAGGCUUGGAAAUGUCGUGACCCUCUGGCGCGAACAUUGGCUGGUGUUUUUCUUUUUUUCAUUGAGCUUCUUAAGUGAACUUAGCUUGAGGACUUUUUCAACAUAUUUAUCUUUUAUCUCUAUUGCGGCUACUCCUAAGCCAUUUUACCUGUGAUAUUUUUGAACAUUUAUGGAGCAUAUAUUUUGCGAGGCUUUGUUAAACGAAACGUGUUCAAAGUGCUUUUAAUGCAGCUGUACAGGGUGUUUCCUCUAGCUGCACUGAAUAUUCAGACAGACAUAAGUAGCAUUAUAAA